GGUGGGGUCCUCUUACGCCGCACAACAAGCGACGCUAGCAGGCGUGCUGUAGUCAGGUGAGAGGUGAAUUUACAGUGACUGAAGAUAAACUGAUGGUAAAGGUGCUGCAGGAAGGCUUGCCCUGGACCUCUCACUCUGAUUCUUGAGUGAAAGCGUUGAAGAUAUUGAGCUGGGGGGCUGCGGGAGCAUGUGGAGCCGUCGCGUCCUUCAGACUCUGCUCAGCCGGCCUGCCUCCAGGAGCUUCUCCCUGACUGCUGCUCAGAACACAGUUGUGGUGGAGCGAUGGUGGCAAGUGCCCUUGUCCAAAGUAGGGAGUCCGCCGAGGCUUCACCCACGAAGACACAGAAUCUAUAAGCUGGUCGAAGAUACCAAACACGCUCCUAAGGAGAAGAUGGAGCUCAUCCUGACUGAGACGGUACCGAAGCUCGGUGGGCGAGGAGACACCGUGUUUGUGAGAAAGUCUGUUGGGCGAAAUAAGCUGCUGGCUCAAGGUCUCGCAGUGUAUCCAUCUCCAGAGAAUAAACAGCUGUUUGCUGAGGAGCUACGCCUUUUACGUGAGGGGAAGCCUGAGGAGAGAAUCCAAACCCGCACAGGACAACUGACGGUAGAGCUCCUAAAAUGCUCCAAGCUUAAGAUAAACAAAAUGCCCCCUGAGGAGUUUCAGCUCAAUAAAGAAGUUGUCUGCAGACAGUUUGCCAAGAAGUUGGGGAUUGUGGUGCCACCUCAUGCACUGAGUCUUCCAUUUGAACCUAUUAAGGAUCCAGGUGACUACUGGUGCGAUGUUACGGUUAAUGGGUUGGACACAGUUCGCAUUCCCAUGUCUCUGCUGCCAUAUGAAGAUCCGUCUGCAAGCUUUCAGCGUCAGUUGAAAGCACAGAGGCGGCAGCAGCAGGCAGAUAUUUCAGAAGCUGCUGAUGAGACGGACGCAGUUUUACAGACUGUUUCUGACGCAGCAGCGGAGGCCGAGGCUGGUGAAGAGCUAUCAGGACCUGCUGGAGCAGCUAUGCAGACAGAAGACACAACAGCACCACCAAGUGGAAGCCUGAAAAAAGAUUAACGGACUCAAAAUGUGGAUGUUGUUUGCCUGUAAUACACACGUGCAUAGCAAUAACUGUGUGUCUAUGUGGUUAUUUCAAAAGUCAGUACAAUCCCCAGAAUGCAGCUUUCUGAUUGUUUUGAACAAAUCAUUAAAUAUUCAUCCAUCUCCUGAUGCUUCCCUGGGUCCGGGUUGCAGGGGCAGCAGUCUAAGUAGAGAUACCCACACCUUCCUUUCCCCAUCCACCUCCUCCAGGAGACACCGAGCGGUAUAAUAUUCCCAGUGUCUCCUCCUUUCAUUGUGGAGGAGUAGCAGCUCCACCCUUGGGCUCUCUGGAAUGACCAGGCUGCUCACCGUACUGCUAAGGGAGAUCCCAGACAACCCCUUGCAGACAGCUCAUUUCCACUGAAGUCUUAAUCUUUGUCCUUACCCAGAGUUUGUGGCCAUAGGUGAGAGUAGGAAAGUAGAACCACUCAACUGAUAGCUUCACUUUCAUGCUCUGCUCUCUUCACAACAGGCCAGUUCAGCAUCUGCACACAGCAGAUGCCGCUCCACUCUUUCUUCAGUCGUGAGCAAAACACUGAGAUACUUAGACUCCACUUUAAAAUACAUUGUUUGGUUUUUUAAUUCAAUUUUGGGGUUAGAAUAAAUAGGCAAACCUGGUGGAACAUUUUACAUCAAAGCAAAUGUCUCAGUGAGAUAAUCUGAUCUUUUAUUUUACGGCAUAUAUCAGUAUUAUUGUGAUGGUAGCAAUAAGGCAUUUAAAGGGUAAGGAUUCAGGAAAAUCAAAACUUUAUGAAUUUUAAACAACACACAAAAGUGAAUCAUAAACCAAAAAAGGGCAUCCCUGCAAUGCCAUUAAAUACGUCCAUGUUAGUGGGUACCAACACAAAAACUGCUAAUACAGUUGUGUGGUUUGCGAGUCUGAACAUGAAACUUGUUGAAAUCAAAAGGCUGCAUUUUAUUCUCUUGUCUCGUGGGUGUAAGGAAAGGAUAUGUGAUUAGUCUAUCAGCUUCUUUGUUCUGGCAGUGUUUUAAAAUAUAAUUCAGAUGUGGUAUUUAAGAUCUGAGGCAGAUCAGGUUGUGUACUUAUUGUUACAGGUAGCGGCCUCCAAGUACACACAUUUAGAAGUGUCUGAAAAUGCAACUUAUGAAAUGUAUUGCAUUUAAAAGGAACCAGGCUCAGGAUUUAACACUACUUCUGUUGGGACAGUGAACAUAAUACUCAUGGAGGCUUGUCUGUUGCUUUGAUAAAGAAAGACCAAACACUCUUACACAGAGAGUCAAGAGCUAUAUAAAAAGCAUCUUUUUUUUUUAAAACUGAUUUCCAUCUGAAGAAAAAAAAAAACUGAACUCACUAAAUUUUCCCCAAAUUUUUGUUAAAAAAAUUGUUGAAAAUUAAUGUAAUCUCCAUUUAUAAGAUUUUUGCUGACAGUGAUUUUGCUCUUAAAGAAGCACCACUGGGUGGAUGCUGCUGCUAUGUUAAAAAUCGGCUGGAUUUAUGGUCUUGAAUGUAGCUUCAGAAUAAGCUGAAAAUGAGGUUCAUGUUUGGUUUUCUGGUACGGUUUACUGGAACAAUAAGAAGCAAACAGUUUUUUUUUUUUUCAAUAAAGCAUUUACAAACAAAAGUA